UGUGACGUCAUUAGCAUGAUGGCGGCGAGAGCGGGGAAGCAGCAGCAGCAGCGAGCGGGCCGGAGGAGCGGCGCCGGGGAGCAGGAGGAGGAGGAACAGCCGCUCCAGGCCGUGCUGAUCGCCGACAGCUUCAACCGCAGGUUCUUCCCCAUCACCAAGGACCAGCCGCGGGCUCUCCUCCCCCUGGCCAACGUCUCCAUGAUCGACUACACCCUGGAGUUCCUGACGUCCACAGGUGUACAGGAGACCUUCAUCUUCUGCUGCUGGAUGUCCAACAAGAUUAAGGACCACCUGCUGAGGUCGAAGUGGUGUCGUCCCAGCUCCCCGAACACGGUGCACAUCAUCACGUCGGAGCUGUACCGCUCUCUGGGGGACGUGCUGAGGGACGUGGACGCCAAGUCCCUUGUACGCUCAGACUUCAUCCUGGUCUACGGAGACGUGGUGUCCAACAUCGACCUGUCACACGCCCUGCAGCAGCACAAACUGAGACGUAAGGAGGAGAAGAGCAUCUCGGUGAUGACGAUGAUUUUCAGAGAGUCGUCCCCCGGUAACCGGACACGCUGUGAUGAGGAUGAUGUCAUCGUUGCCAUGGAUACCAAAAGCAACCGCGUGCUUCACUAUCAGAAAACACAGGGACUGAACAAGCUCCACUUCCCCAUGAACAUUUUCCACAGCGGCAGUGACGAGUUUGAGAUCCGCCAUGAUCUGCUAGACUGUCACAUCAGCAUCUGUUCCCCACAGGUGGCCGAGCUCUUUACAGAUAACUUCGACUAUCAGACCAGGAACGACUUUGUGCGAGGGAUUCUCGUCAACGAGGAGAUCCUGGGGAAUCAGAUCCACAUGUUUGUGAGUAAGGACGGCUACGGCGCUCGCGUCUCCAACCUGCAGAUGUACGACUCCGUGUCCUGCGAUCUGAUUGGCCGCUGGGCGUAUCCCAUCACCCCGGAGGCUAACUUCUCGGACGAGGAGGGGCGGCGCUGCACGCACUCGCGCCACAACGUCUACCGGGAAGUGGGCGUCGGCCUGGGGCACGGCAGCCUGAUGGAGGAGAACGUCCUGAUUGGACGAAACACGGUCAUCGGCGCCAACUGCAGCCUGUCCAACACGGUCAUCGGCGCCAACUGUCACAUCGGGGACGGUGUGGUGUUGGACCGAGCGUUUAUCUGGAACAAUGUGUGUAUCGGUGAUGGUGUGACGGUUCGUCAGUCUGUGAUCUGUGACGGGGUGAAGGUCAAACACGGAGUCACACUCCAACCUCAGUGUGUGCUCGCCUACAGCGUGGUGGUGGGGCCCGGCGUGUCUCUCCCCGAGGGGACGGUCGUGUCUUUGCAUCACCCAGACGAGGACGAAGAGGAUGAUGAAGACGAGUUCCUGAGUGAAGAUAAUGACAUCACUGUACAUAAAGACAAGAACAAACACAAAGCGUAUAACCCGGCCGAGGUGGGUUCUGAGGGGCGGGGCUACCUGUGGAAGAACAGCAGCACUGAUGAGGAGGAGGAGCUAACACAGUGCAUCUGGGGUCUGGUUCUGAAGUCCGAUCCCGACAGCGAGACGGAGAGCGAGGCCAGUGAGGGGUCACAUGACCCCGGGAGCCGCCUCGAAUCGCCCGAGCUCGACGAUGUUAAAGUGUUUCAGAACGAGGUUCUCGGCACUCUGCAGCGCGGCCUGGAGGAGAACAUCAGCUGUGACAACCUGGUCCUGGAGAUCAACUCUCUGAAGUAUGCGUAUAACAUCUCCCUGCAGGAGGUGAUGCAGGUUCUCACCAGAGUGGUGCUGGAGUUUCCUCUCCAACAGCACGGAGGCGCCGUCAGUGCAGCGCAGUACUCCUCGCUCCUGCUGCCCUUGUUGAAGAAGUGGGCUCCGGUGUUUAAGAACUACGUGAAGCGAGCUCAGGAUCACGCUCACUGUCUCUCCACACUGGAGGAGGUGUUCAUGGAGCACGAGACACACUGGCCCGCCCUCGCCAAGGUGUUGAUGAGUGUGUACCAGUUGGAGAUUCUGGAUGAGGACUCCAUCAUGCUCUGGUUCUCUCAGAGCGGUCAGACGGAGCGCUGCAGAACCCUGCGCAAGAACCCGGGGCUGCUGAAGUUCAUCCAGUGGUUGCAGGAGGCCGAGGAGUCGUCAGAGGGAGAUGACUGAACAUGACAUCACUGUGUGUGUGUGUGUGUGUGUGUGUGUGUGUGUGUGUGUGAAGCAGAAUGAUCUGAAUAAAUGGCUACGCCUAAUGAGGGACUCGUGAUGUUAAAGCACUUAGUGUUUGUUUCACAUUUAAUACCGCUCUUGUAAACCUGCUCUGUCCGUGUGAGUGACUGUAACCAUGGAGACGACCUGUGACCCUGUGACCCCCAUGUUAGCCCAGACUCUGUGUGUGAUGUAUAAUAUUCCUAUGUUAUGACUGGCAGCUGUGACACCUGUUUAAAGGCUGAAACACAA